AUGUUGGAUUGGGGGGGAUUAGUUGGGAGGUGGGGGGGUUGGUUUUUUGUGGGGAGGGAUGUUUGGGUUUGGUGGUUGGUUUUUGGGUGGUUAGAUUGGGUGUGGUGGUUUUUGUUUUUGGUGGUUUUAGGUUUUUGGGUUUUGGUUGUUGUGGGUUUUGGAUGUUAUAUUUGGUUUGGGGUUGUUGGGGUUGGGGUUGUGGGGGUGGGUGGUUUUGGGUUAGUUGUGUUUGUGGUGGGUUGGGGGGGUGGGUGGGGGGUUGUUUGUUGGUGGGUGUUUGGUUGGUUGGUGGUGUGGGUGGGGGGGGGGGGUUUUGGUUGUGUUGUUGUUUUUGAUUGUGUUUGUUGUUUUUUAUUUUUUAUGGUUGUGUUGUGGGUGGGGGGGGGGGUUGUGGGUGUGGUUUUUGGGGGGGGGUUUGUUAGGUGGUUUGGUUAUUGUUGGGGGGAGUUGGGGUUUGGUAGGGGUUUGUGUGUUGUUUGUGUUGUUUUAUUGUUUUUGUGGUUGGUGUUUUGGUGUGUUGGAGUUGAGUUUUGUUUGUAUUUUUAUGUUUUGUGGUUAUGGUGGGUGAUGUUGGGUUUGUGGGGUGUUAGGGGUUUUGGAUGUGUGGUUGUGUUUGGGAUGGUGGUUGUUGUGUUUGUUUUGUGUGGGUGGUUGGGGUGGGGGUGGUGGGGUGUUUGGGGGGUGGGGGGGGUGGGGGGGGGUGGGUGGAGGGGUUUUUUUGUGGAGGUUGGGUGGUUGUGUGGGGUGGGGGUUGGGGUUUUGUGUGGGGGGUGGUUUUUGGUGGGGGUGGGGGUGUUGGGUGGGGGGGGGGUUUGUUGGUGUUGGAUGGGGGUUUUUGUUUGGUUUGGUUGGGGUAGAUUGGGUUGGGGUGUGGUUUGGUGUUUGGUGUGGUGUGGUUUUUUGUGUGGUGGGUUUGUUGGGGGUUUGGUGGGGGGUUGGUGUGUUGUGUGGGUGGGAUGUUUUUUUUUUGGUGUUUGUGGGGGUUGGGGGGGGUUUGUUGUGGGGGAUUGUGGGGUGAGUGGGGGGUUGGGGGGUGGUGGGGUGGGGGGGGGGGUUUGUUGUUGGUUUGGGGUGGGGAGGGGUUGGGGGUUUUGUUUUGGGUUGUUGUUUGUGGGGGAGUGGGGUGUGGGUUGUUAG